AAGUCGUCUCUCCUCCGAGGCUGCGAGAAGCGUGACUGAGUAGAGGCUGGGAGACGUACUCGACUCUCUCCCUCUUCUUGACUUAACUACUUCAUUGAGGGAAGCGGGUGCGUAUAUUUUAAAUGUCCACCUGAACAAUAACAGAAUACUUUUGUGUUUUUCGGGAGGUUUUUUUCUUUUGGUAGUGUGUGUGGGGGGGAUAUUUGUGCCCAUGCGCAUGUGCGGGCACCUAAUAGAUCCGCUCACUUGUCUCCACGACCGGGUUGGGGUAGGACCUUGUCUUUCUUUUCUCCUUCUUACAUGCUCUCAAUUCUUCGCAAACCCUUUGGACUGUUUUUACUCUUUCAAUUUUGGUCCCCGUGACGUGGAUUUCCCCUCGCUGGCUCCGAAGUGGAAGACGCGGAACGCCAAAGGUGGUGGUGGAGGUGGAGGGGGAGGAAGACAUGCCAACGUCGGCGGCGACAACGAGGAGACUCCGUUUUAGCCUUUGAUCGUGUCAGAGCGGGACACGUCUAAGCAGGGGGACGACGACCGAGGGUGGGAGCAGCAGCAGCAGCAGCAGUGUCGACCUUGAGACAUGGCGCCCCCCACUCGCAGAGGGGCGUGUCUCGUCCUGCCCCUGCUCUUCAGCUGCGCCGUGAUCUCCUCUGUGGCAGAAUACAUGCCAAGCUUCAUCAAAUCCCCCGAAGACCAAACGGGCAUCUCGGGCGGCGUUGCGUCCUUUGUGUGCCAGGCGGUCGGCGAGCCCAAACCCAGAAUCACCUGGAUGAAAAAAGGCAAGAAAGUCAGCUCGCAGCGCUUUGAGGUGAUCGAAUUUGACGACGGCUCGGGUUCUGUGCUACGCAUCCAGCCGCUGCGCACGCACCGCGACGAGGCCAUUUACGAGUGCACGGCGGCCAACAGCGUGGGCGAGAUCAAUACCAGCGCCAAGCUGACCGUGUUUGAAGAGAACCAGAUCCCCCACGGCUUCCCCACCAUCGACUUGGGCCCCCAGCUGAAGGUGGUGGAGCGAACCAGGACGGCCACCAUGUUGUGCGCGGCCAGCGGAAACCCCGACCCGGAGAUCACCUGGUUCAAGGACAUGCUGCCUGUGGAUAUCAGCAGCACCAACGGUCGCAUCAAACAGUUCCAAUCAGGAGCUCUGCAAAUUGAGAACAGCGAGGAGUCCGACCAGGGCAAAUACGAAUGCAUCGCCACCAACAGUGCCGGCACCCGUUACUCAGCUCCCGCCAACCUCUACGUACGAGUACGCCGAGUCCCGCCCAGGUUCUCCAUCCCGCCCACCAACCAGGAAGUGAUGCCGGGCGGUAGCGUCAACCUAACGUGCGUAGCGGUGGGCUCGCCCAUGCCUUACGUCAAGUGGAUGAUGGGCUUGAAGGAGCUGACUCGUGAGGAGGAGAUGCCCUUGGGACGAAACGUGCUGGAGGUCACCAACAUCCGCGAGUCGGGCAACUACACCUGCGUGGCCAUGUCCUCGCUGGGUAUGAUCGAAGCCACGGCGCAGGUCACCGUCAAAGCUUUGCCAAAGCCCCCCGUUUCUCUCACGGUGACUGAGAGAACGGCCACCAGCGUGACACUAACGUGGGACUCCGGGAACCCGGAACCCGUGUCCUACUACAUGAUCCAGUACCGCGCCAAGGCGUCGGACAAUGGCUUUCAGGAGGUGGAAGGCGUCGCCACCACCCGCUACAGCAUCGGCGGCCUCAGCCCCUACUCGGAAUACGAGUUCCGCGUCAUGGCGGUCAACAACAUCGGCCGCGGGGCACACAGCGAGCCAGUGUCGACGCGCACGGGCGAACAGGCCCCGUCGUCGCCCCCGCUGCGUGUCCAAGCCCGCAUGCUGAGCGCCACCACGAUGCUUGUCCAGUGGGACCCGCCCGAGGAACCCAACGGGCACAUUCGGGGCUUCCGCAUCUACUACAGCUCGGACCACACGGCGCCGCUCAGCGCCUGGCACAAGCACAACACGGACGAUAGCAGCCUGACCACCAUCUCCGGGCUGACGCCAGACAUCACCUACAGCCUAAGGGUGCUGGGCUUCACCUCCGUGGGAGACGGCCCACCCUCCGAGGUCCUUCAGGUCAAAACCCAGCAGGGAGUCCCGUCCCAGCCGUCGGGCUUCACGGCUGAAACGGAGCUGGACACUCGCGUCUUGCUGUCGUGGUUGUGGCCCCUCCAGGACCCCAUCAUCAAGUACGAGCUGCAGUACUGGGAGGCCGGCACGGACAACAAGAUACACGUGACCUUCGAUCCGGCCGGCUCUUACGCCGUGGACGGCCUCAAGCCCGACACGGCCUACCGCUUCUCCCUGGCGGCCCGCUCCGAAAUGGGCUUAGGCGUCUACACCCAAGCCAUCGAGGCCCGCACAGCCCAGUCCACCCCCUCGGCUCCCCCCCAGGACGUGCACCUGGUCAGCCUCAGCUCCACCAGCCUCAAGGUGAGUUGGGCGGCCCCGCCGGCCGGCCGCCGCCACGGCGUCAUCGUGAGCUACACGGUCAGCUACCAAGGGCUGAGCGGCGAGGACACAGAGCGCCACGAGGUGAGCGGCAUUGGCGCCGCCGCCUCAGUCUACGUCAUCCAGGACCUGGAGCGCUGGACUGAGUAUCAGGUGUGGGUGCGCGCUCACACCAAAGCGGGGCCGGGCCCCGAGAGCGCCCCGGUGAGGAUGAAAACCCAACCGGAUGUGCCAGGAGCGCCGCCCCGGAAGCUGGAGGCCGAGGCGGUCAACUCCACCGCCAUCCGCGUGACCUGGAAACCGCCGCUGCAGAGCAAGCAGCACGGCCAGAUCCGAGGCUACCAGGUGGCCUACACGCUGGUGGAGAACGGCGAGCCACGCGGGCAGCCCAACAUCCUUGACGUGGUCUUGGCGGAGGAGCAGUUCAAUAUUACGGAGUUCACCGAGCAUGAGGCCGUCAUUACCGGACUGCAAUCUGAGACCACCUACUCGAUCGCUGUGGCGGCGUACACCACCAGGGGAGACGGACCUCGUUGCAAACCCAAAUUGGUCACCACCACUGGAGCCGUGCCCGGCAAGCCCACCAUGAUGAUCAGUGCCACCAUGGGAAACACGGCGCUCAUCCAAUGGCAGCCCCCUAAAGACAUGGUGGGCGAGCUGAUGGGUUACCAGCUGCAGUAUAAGCGCACCGACGACGACACGUACACGUCGCGCGAGCUGCGCAGCGCCGACGACCACUACACGGUGACGGGGCUGCACAAGGGCGCCACCUACAUCUUCCGCCUCAGCGCCCGCAAUCGCGCCGGCGUUGGCGAAGCCUACACCAAGGAGAUCGGCACCCCCGAGGACGUGCCCUCGGGCUUCCCGUUGAACCUGCAGGUGACGGGCCUGACCCAGUCCAGCACCCAGCUGACGUGGGACCCGCCGCUGUUGGCCGAGAGGAACGGCAAGAUCGUCUACUACGUGGUGGUCUACCGAGACAUCAACAGCCAGCAGAACAGCACCAAUCGCACAGCCGACCCGCGCAUGACCAUCGGGGGCCUGAACCCAGACACCACCUACGACAUCCGCGUGCAGGCGUUCACCAGCAAGGGUGGGGGGCCCUUGAGCCCCAGCAUCCAGAGCAGGACCAUGUCCAACGAUUUUCCCACCUUGAACUUUGGUGUCAAAGCAGUCAUGAAGACGUCGGUGCUCCUCACCUGGGAUUUGCCACCCAACUACAAGUCCCAAGUCCCUUUUAAGAUCCUGUACAACCAGCAGAGUGUGGAGGUGAAGGGCAACCUGAAGCGCAAGUUGAUCACACAGCUGCAGCCCGACACCAACUACUCAUUUGUGCUAACCAGCCGCGGCAACAUUGCCGGUGGUCUGCAGCAACAGGUGUCCAUCCGCACCGCUCCCGACCUCAUCAAGACCAAGCCCUUGUACACCGCCCAUCAGGCGCAGGGUGGCAAGAUGGCCAUCAAUUUGCCCACAGUGCAGACCACCACGCGUGUCAGGUGGUACUACAUUGUCGUUCUGCCCGUGUCCCAGUCAAGCCGGCGCUGGAAGAAUCCGGAUGAGAUGGACCUGGAUGAGCUGCUGAAAUCGAGCGAAGGCCCCGCACUGAGGCGGCGGCGUCACCUGGACUCGUCCAAGCCGUACAUUGCCGCCAAGCUGGCCGCGCUGCCGCCCACUUUCACGCUGGGUGACGAGAAGCGCUACAACGGCUUCUACAACAAACCGCUGACCAGCGGGCAGGAAUAUGUUUGCUUCGUGCUGGCCGUCCUGCGAUACGAAGGCACCGACAGCGCCUCCAAUUACAUGACGUUUUCCGCCAGUCCUUAUUCGGACCUCAUCCAAGUCACGCAGUCGCUGGUUCAGGGGGCAGAGCAGACGGAAAUGCUGUGGGUGCUGGGCCCUGUGUUUGCCGUGGUACUCAUCAUCAGUAUCGUCAUAGCCAUCCUGCUCUUUAAGAAGAAGCGAGCGUCGCCCCUGCCCAAGGACGAACACUCGGGCGGAGUGAAGGACUCCCUGCUGCCCAACACCUCCGACCCUGUGGAGUUGAGACGGCUCAACUACCAGACGCCAGGGAUGAGAGAGCACCCGCCCAUUCCCGUCGCCAGCCUGGCUGACCACAUCGAGCACCUCAAGGCCAAUGACGGCCUGCGCUUCUCCCAGGAGUAUGAGUCCAUCGAUCCCAGCCAGCAGUUCACGUGGGAGAACUCCAACAUGGAAGUGAACAAGCCAAAGAACCGCUAUGCCAACGUUAUCGCCUACGACCACUCCAGGGUGGUGCUCACGUCCGUUGACGCAGUCCCAGGUAGCGACUACGUUAACGCCAAUUACAUUGACGGCUACCGGAAGCAGAACGCCUACAUUGCCACGCAGGGACCGCUGCCCGAGACGCUCAGCGACUUCUGGAGGAUGGUGUGGGAGCAGCGCUCCAGCACCAUCGUCAUGAUGACGCGACUGGAAGAGAAGUCCAGGGUGAAGUGUGACCAGUACUGGCCGGCGCGAGGAACCGAGACCUACGGCAUGAUCCAGGUCACCAUGUUGGACACGGUGGAAUUGGCCACUUACAGCGUCCGCACUUUUGCACUCUACAAGAAUGGUUCUAAUGAGAAGAGAGAGCUGCGGCAGUUUCAGUUCAUGGCCUGGCCUGACCACGGCGUGCCCGAGUACCCCACCCCCAUCCUGGCCUUCCUGAGACGUGUCAAGGCCUGCAAUCCUCCAGACGCGGGACCCAUGGUGGUGCACUGCAGCGCGGGCGUGGGCCGGACCGGCUGCUUCAUCGUGAUCGACGCCAUGCUGGAGCGCAUGAAGCACGAGAAGUCGGUGGACAUCUACGGCCACGUGACUUGCAUGCGGGCCCAGCGCAACUACAUGGUGCAGACCGAGGACCAGUACAUCUUCAUCCACGAGGCGCUGCUGGAGGCGGCCACCUGCGGCAACACCGAGGUGCCGGCGCGCAACCUUUACGCGCACAUCCAGAAGCUGACGCAGCCGCCGCCCGGCGAGACGGUCACCGCCAUGGAGCUGGAGUUCAAGCGGCUGGCCAACUCCAAGGCGCACACGUCGCGCUUCAUCAGCGCCAACCUGCCGUGCAACAAGUUCAAGAACCGCCUGGUGAACAUCAUGCCUUUCGAGUCCACGCGCGUCUGCCUUCAGCCCAUCCGCGGUGUGGAGGGCUCCGACUACAUCAACGCCAGCUGCAUCGACGGAUACAGACAGCAGAAGGCCUACCUGGCCACGCAAGGUCCGCUGGCCGAGACCACAGAGGACUUCUGGAGAAUGUUGUGGGAGCACAACUCCACCAUUGUCGUCAUGCUGACCAAGCUACGGGAAAUGGGACGGGAAAAGUGCCACCAGUACUGGCCGGCCGAGCGCUCGGCCCGCUACCAGUACUUUGUGGUGGACCCCAUGGCCGAGUACAACAUGCCGCAGUACAUCCUGAGAGAAUUCAAGGUGACGGACGCCCGCGACGGACAGUCCCGAACCAUCCGCCAGUUCCAGUUCACCGACUGGCCCGAGCAGGGCGUGCCCAAGACCGGGGAGGGCUUCAUCGACUUUAUCGGGCAAGUGCACAAGACCAAGGAGCAGUUUGGACAGGACGGACCCAUCACUGUGCACUGCAGCGCCGGCGUGGGCCGAACCGGAGUCUUCAUUACUCUGAGCAUCGUGCUGGAGAGGAUGCGGUACGAGGGCGUGGUUGACCUUUUCCAGACCGUCAAGACCCUUCGCACCCAGCGGCCCGCCAUGGUGCAGACUGAGGACCAGUACCAACUGUGCUACCGGGCCGCUCUGGAGUACUUGGGAAGCUUCGACCACUAUGCAACGUAACCCCAGGCGCCAAGGUCCAAGUCCCUCAGGAGUCUGCCAAGUGUCCCAUCUCAGGCACCGAACGCCCUGGGGGGGGGGGGGAAUCAGCACCCAACCCUGUUGCUUUAGGGGGAGGUGCGAAGGACAGAAUCUACCAUGUGACUUUUUUUUUUUUUGUGCUUCAAAGUCUUGUACAGUCGACAGUGCUACCCGUCCCUCAUCUAGCGGUACCGCCACUCAUUUUUACAUUGAUAACAUUUAUUGUUUAGUCUACUUUUUUAAUCAUUUUUUUUUCUAACAUUGUGUCUUAAUGCGGGUCCGGUGCUUUGUUUUCAUAAUCGCUACUUUUAAAAUAGUUUUUUUGUAUUGUUUUAAAAAAAAAAAAAAGAAAAAAGGGUACGUUAUAGCACACCGAGGCUAUAGAUGCUAAUCUCUUCCGGGCCAGCUACUUAUUUGCGUUGUUGUGCGCUCGGGAUGUAGUCGAUGACAACAACAAAGAAAACAAGACGACAAAAAAAACUGCCUUUUAUCCUGCUGUUUCCUCGAGGACGAGCACAAAGCAGCUCAUGCUAAGCGACUGCUAAGCUAAGGCUGCAGCCGAUGACGACAGUGUGUGUACAGGAAAGCGAAGCACAUGACUUUUUUUUGUGUUCUUUUGCAAAAAGGCCUUUGUACAGAAUGGACCAUUCCACCCGACGUGACAAACACAAUUGAUCUUAUUUUAUACAGAAAUAGAACUAUAAAUAUAAAUAUAUAUAUAUAUAUGAUUAUAUAUAUGUACAAUGAUGCAUAGGUGUACACACAGCUUGUUCUUGAGAGACGCCGUUUGCCGUAUGUACUGUACCAUCGACCAAAAAAAAAAAGGAAAUAAUGCAGCACAAACCCUCGCCACCCCCCUUGUUGUCACAGUGCACAGACCUUUCCCCAAGAUGGCCGCCACAAGCGCACACGCCUAAAGUGGUGGGGCAGGUGUAUUGACAGGUGGGUGGUAGGGAAGGCGGGGGGGGUUACUUUGUUCAUUUUAAAAUCUUGUGAAUGCAUCGUGCUGUCAGGGUUCCACCUGUUGUACACACACAUACACUGUUUUUCUAUUUGUUGAUAAAGAACUGGAAUUUCAAAAGAAAACCUGUUAACGAAUGAACACUCGAGUUGUAAAAAAAAAAAAAAAAGAGGGGGGGGAAAAAACCUUGAUGUUAAUAAAGAUACAUAAUUGGGGUUUUUUGUACAAA